AUGGCGCAACCUCAUACAAUUGAAGAGGGCACAACAACAACCACCACAUUUUUCAUAUCAAAUCUACACUGUCCUUCAUGUAUCACGAACAUUCAAUUUUGUCUGGAAGACGACCUAAAUAUCCAAGCCUCCUCAAUCUCGCACUCGAUAAUUCAGCACUCGGUCACGGUUCGCCAUGAUUCGUCCAUCUCCCACACCACCAUUACCUCAAGCCUAGAAAAAGCAGGCUUCGAAGUCUACAGUGUUGCACCAGCAAAUCGGGAACCUACAUUCAGACCUUGGCAACAUGAGGGUACUGACAUCAAUGAAGACUGGGGCUUGGAGCAAGCAGUUCAGCGAUGGAAAACUGCAUGGAAGGACAAAGAUGUGGAGGUGGAGAACAGCAAAAAGAGAAAAAGACAUCUGGAGCAGUGUGCGCUAUGUCUCAACGAAAUGCAGCAUGAUCGCGGCCUCGAGAGAGGAGUUUCGGUGUCUUAUGAGAAAGAGGACGGCGCAGAGGUUACAGAAAAGCUUGAUUCUGUGGAAUCUGCUAUACCUGAGCUGUUUCGUGCUACUUUCUCAGUCGAGGGAAUGACAUGUAGUGCAUGCGUUACCAAUGUCUCGCAGGCCAUCUCCCAACACUCCUUCGUACAGGAUGUCAACGUCAACCUGCUCAGCAAUUCAGCCACGGUCGUCUUUUUAGGUCGAAGCAACGAAAAAGUCAUCUCCGAAUCAAUCGAAGAUGCUGGAUAUGAUGUUGCCUUGAACGAAGUGGAUGGCUUGGGUGUCAAACAAACUACCAACGAACAGACAUGGAAAGCAACAUUUGCGAUCACAGGCAUGACGUGUGCUGCUUGUGUGAAAUCUCUUACCACUGGACUUGAGCAGCCUGAAUGGAUCCAGAGCGUUCAGGUAAACCUGAUCUCCAACAGUGCAACAUUGUCAUUCAGAGGAGACAAAGAAAGAGUGAAAGAUAUCAUCGAAAUUAUCGACGACUUGGGUUUUGACGCUUCGACCGAAGAAGUUAACAGCAUUGAGACAACACAAGAGCAGAGUUCGCAACGAAAAGUUGUCUUGCGAAUGACAGGCAUGUACUGUCACCAUUGUGCACCUCGUGUUAUACAGGCACUCUCGAACAAAUUUGGCGCCGAGGUGACGAUCGACGAAGAGUGCAGCAUGGUGAAUCCACUACUCAGACUCAGCUAUCGGCCCCAACCACCAACUCUGACGCUAAGACAUAUCCUGGAAGUCAUCAAUGGUCUAGACACAGAAGUCCAAGCCUCGGUUUUCACCCCUCCAACCAUUGAACAGCGAUCGAGAGAGAUACAGGCAGCCGAACGCAGGAAAAUCCUCCUUCGCUUUGUUCUAUGUCUCAUUACAGCAGUUCCAACCUUCAUUAUUGGCAUCGUGUACAUGACGCUCGUCAACCACGACAAUGCAGGUCGCGAGUACCUUAUGCAAAACAUCUGGGCAGGUACGGUGAGCAGAGCAGACUGGGCCUUGUUCAUCAUGGGUACCAUCAUCUACUUCUUCGCUGCCGAUAUCUUCCACAUUCGAAGUCUCCAAGGCAUAUACCUCAUGUGGAAACCUUCGUCACGCACGCCUCUGAGCCAUCGUCUAUUCAGGUUCGGCAACAUGAACAUGUUGAUCAGUCUGGGCACGUCAAUUGCAUACUUUGCUUCAAUCGCCGCUCUUGCUAUCAAUGCAACGAAUAGCAAGAAAACAAUGGGACAAGGACAGGCUUAUUACUUUGACUCUGUGGUUUUCUUGACUUUAUUCUUGCUGGGCGGUAGAGGGCUAGAGGCUUGGAGCAAGGCGAAGACUGGCGAUGCCGUUGCUGCUCUGGGAUCAUUAAGGCCUAACACUGCUCUCUUGGUCACUACCUCGGAGGGCAACAACUCCAUGAACAUAGACAAGACACCGACCGAACUGCUUGAGGUCGGGGAUGUGGUUAGAGUUCUCCAAGGCAGUUCUCCGCCAUUCGACGGCAUUAUCGUCGAUGGCGAGACUAAAUUCGACGAGGCCAGUCUGACGGGAGAAUCCAGGCUCGUAUCCAAGCAAACAGGCGAUCAGGUCUUCUCCGGUACCAUCAACAAGGGAUCUCCUGUCGAUGUGCGACUGACUUCCAUCUCGGGUUCCUCAAUGCUCGACCAAAUUAUCAAGGUAGUGCGGGAGGGACAAACCAAACGCGCUCCGGUCGAACGCAUAGCAGAUAUUCUAACCUCACGCUUUGUGCCUCUGAUCAUCCUGAUCGGCAUCUCCACAUGGAUAAUCUGGCUUUCUCUGGGCCUUUCGGGCGCCUUGCCAUCUUCGUGGCUAGACUCAGAGAUUGGCGGGUGGCCUUUUUGGUCACUGCAGUUCUCGAUUGCCGUGUUUGUGGUGGCUUGUCCUUGUGGCAUUGGUCUUGCUGCACCUACUGCCCUGUUCGUGGGUGGUGGGUUGGCUGCCAAACAUGGUAUUCUUGUCAAGGGAGGUGGAGAGGCAUUUCAGGAGGCCAGUAUGCUCGACUGUGUCGUGUUUGACAAGACUGGCACAUUAACGCAGGGGUCCGCGCCGGCUGUUUCUGACUGUAAAGUCUUUGAUGGCCAAGACACGAGAGAGGCUGCCUUGGCUAUGGCGAGAGUGCUCGAGGAAAAUAGCAGUCAUCCUGUCGCUAGAGCCAUUGUCGAGUACAACAAAGCUCAAGUCUUGACUGGCGAAGACAUGCAAGUCACUGAUGUUGAGGAACUCCCUGGCAAAGGUCUUAAAGGAUUCUUCAAGAACGCAAAGUUGGGCACACAAGUCACAGCAAUUAUCGGUAACGAAGCACUAAUGGCAGACUUUGAUGUACAGCUCGACUCGAAAAGCAGAGAUCUGAUCGAAAGCUGGAAGCAACAGGGCAAGUCUAUUGCUCUUCUAUCCACAUCAUCGUCCCCAGGAACGGCUUUCACUCUGGUUGCAGCCUUUGCCGUCGCAGACCCACUUCGACCCGAAGCAGCCACCAUAGUCAAGUGGCUGCAGAAGCAAGGGCUCGAAGUAUUCAUGAUCUCAGGCGACAACGCAACUACAGCAAACAGCGUGGGAGCAGCGGUAGGAAUACCCGCAGAAAAUGUCAUGGCUGGAGUUAUGCCAGAACAAAAAGCAGAUAAGAUUAAGUACCUGCAGCAGACACUUGUACCCCGACGCUCGCGAGGUUGGAUCGGAUCGCGCAAGCAGAGGGCUACAGUAGCCAUGUGUGGCGAUGGCAUCAACGACUCUCCGGCUCUCGCUACUGCGGACGUCAGCAUCGCCGUGGGGUCAGGGUCAGAUGUUGCCCUGUCUACGGCAUCGUUUGUGCUCGUGACAUCCGACUUGCAUGCAUUGGUCAGACUUCUGGAACUGUCGCGUGGAGUGUUCCGUCGGGUCGUGCUCAACUUUGCGUGGGCGUUGGUGUACAACUUGAUUGCGCUGCCCGUUGCGGCAGGAGCGUUGUAUGCAAUUACCAGUGGAGGAACGCACGUUCGACUGGAUCCAGUAUGGGCCAGUUUGGCCAUGGCGUUGAGUUCGGUUUCAGUGGUGUCGAGCAGUCUCCUACUGCGCACCAGAAUUCCUUUCGUAGGCUUUAGGGCACCCAAGAUCUAG